CCCGAUCAAGAGCGCUAGGUUACGUUAACAUUAACUUCAUUUACUCUUGGCAACAGGCUUUCCUGAAUCCCCUCCCGGCUGCGGAUGACAUGACGGAUGUUCAUUUUAAGGCAUUGCGUUGGAUCCCGUCAGUUCUUUAAGUAGGCGAUAUGACUAUGAGACAAGGGGCUGGUUAAAAAAAGCCCAGCAUGUCACAGUGAAAUCAAUAGGCUGCUGCUCGCCGCGGAGAAGAGAGAAAUCGCCUUGUGGGAUUCCUCUUUUUCCAGCCGCCAGGAAAAUGCACCUGACGGUCUGAGCAACUGCCUGUGGAGUUUCAUGCCCAGGGUUUCCAGUCUUAAAGCUCCAGGUGAAAAGAACGACAACAACAACAACAACAACGUCAGAACAAAACUGACAGGCUGGACAUUGUGUCGAUCCCUUUCUUUUCCGGAGGACCAGAGACAUGAAUAGCAGCGAAGCCAGGGAAUACCUCUCCAGGAGAGAGAUACCGCAGCUGUUCGAGAGCCUGCUAACUGGCUUGAUGUACUAUCGGCCGGAUGACCCAGUGGAGUACUUGGAGAGCUGUCUGAAGAAGGUGAGGGAGCUUGGAGGAACCGAGAAGGUCCGAUGGGACACAUUUGUCGGCCAAGAAAAAAAAUCUUUACCCCCACUCAAUGGCGGACAGUGCAGAAGGUCAUUCUUCAGAAACGUGUUGCCAGAUAGCCCUAAUUUCCCUUACCGACGGUAUGACCGCUUGCCUCCGAUCCACCAGUUUUCCAUUGAGAGCGACACCGACUUGUCCGAAACAGCAGAACUCAUUGAGGAGUAUGAAGUAUUCGACCCCACUAGACCUCGUCCCAAGAUCAUACUCUUAAUAGGCGGUCCGGGCAGUGGCAAAGGUACCCAGAGCCUGAAGAUCGCAGAACGCUAUGGCUUUGAAUACAUCUCUGUUGGCGAACUUCUCAGAAAGAAGAUGAUCCACAAUGCCACCAGCAACAGGAAAUGGAGUUUAAUUGCUAAAAUAAUUACAAAUGGAGAACUGGCACCACAGGAAACCACGAUUACAGAGAUAAAACAGAAAAUCAUGCAGAUCCCAGAUGCCCAUGGGAUAGUAAUCGAUGGCUUUCCUCGUGACGUUGGCCAGGCGUUGUCUUUUGAAGACCAGAUCUGCACCCCGGACCUGGUGGUGUUCCUGGCCUGUGCCAGCCACAGGCUGAAGGAGCGGCUCGAGAGGAGGGCGGAGCUGCAGGGGAGGCCUGAUGACAACCCCAAAGCCACGGAGCGCCGCCUGACCAACUUCAAGCAGAAUGCCAUCCCUCUCGUCAAGUACUUCCAGGAGAAGGGGCUCAUUGUCACGCUUGAUGCUGACAGAGACGAAGAAGACGUUUUCUAUGACAUCAGUGUGACUGUCGACAACAAACUGUUUCCCACCAAAGAACCUGUGGCAGGCCCCAGCGAACUUGACCUCAGCCUGCUCGUAGAUUCUGCCGACUCUGUGGAUAUGGGCUCCGAAUUUGAAGAGCAGGCUGAAGAUGAAAUGACUGUAUAUGGAGAAGAAAAUAUAGACGAGGAACUGAAGAAGCUGAAGAUCAUCUUUGUGAUCGGUGGGCCUGGCUCAGGCAAGGGAACACAGUGCGAGAGGAUUGCGGAGAAGUAUGGUCUCAGGGUGCUGUCCGCCGGGGACCUGCUGCGUGGUGAGCUGCAGGCAGACUGCGAGAGGAGCAGGCUCAUCAAGGACAUCCUGGAGCAAGGAGAGCUCCUGCCCCUGGAGCUGCUGCUGGAAUUGGUGAGAGAGGCCAUGGCCUCCAGCCUGGACAGCACCAGGGGGUUUGUGAUGGAUGGCUUCCCCCGAGACGUGAAGCAGGCAGAGGAGUUUGAAGCCAAGAUUGCAGAGCCCAGCCUGGUGCUGCUGAUGGAGUGCCCCGCAGAGACGAUGACCAAGAGGCUGCAGCGCAGGCCCCAGGUGGAUGGGCUGGCUGACGACAGCCGAGACACCAUCCGCAAGAGAGUGGAAGGUUUCAGCAGGACCACUGUGUCCGUCACAACCUACUACGAGCACAGGAGGCUGUUGCAUAAGGUCAAUGCCGAAAAGGCCCCCGAUGAAGUGUUCCAGCAGGUGUGCCAGGUGAUCGAAUCCUGUUAGCGACUGAGCAGCCCCGACUCCGAACGCAAAGCCGUCCGAUAGGUGCAGGCGGGUGCUGCUCACUCAGGCGACGCCCCCCCCCCGACCGGAUCACAGCUGCUCUCCUCCGCAACGCCGCUUCCGAAGCAUCGAGUCCCACAUUUGGAAAGUAAUGCAUGUUUGAGCACACUUGUAGACACUCGCAAAAACAAAUGACUACAGCAGUGUAUCGCACUACAGUGAGUGAGUGGUGGAAAAAAAACAAACAUUAACGCUAUCAGGCGGUUGUGGUUCACUCGUCUCUGUGCUACUCCCAGCAUCCCCUCUCCCACUGCGCCAAACAAAAAGUUGAAGUGUUGCCUCAUGUACUGUACAUAAAUAAUUAUCCCGUCAUUCUGUCCAUGCUGCUGUGAACUCUCCAAUGAAAUACUCAAUUAAAAAAAGGCAUGAGUGUGGCUUUCAACAGAUACUAACAAAAUAAGAUAAGCUGUCAAACUGCUUUUAAGCACCAGUGUUGGUAUGAUUGUUAUUAAUUAUCUGUGGCCAGUACAGCUUUGCUGCAGCUAGGAUGCAUGAGCAACUCUCUGUGUCUCUCAGAGCCUCUACACCUCUCACGGCACGAAUUCCUCAGCAAAUGGUGGCCUAUUGGAAGAAAUGGGUUUUUGCAUUUUGAGUUGUAUAUUUACUAAUGUUAUUCGGCAUAUUUAUCAUUAAAACUAUUAUGUGUUUUAAAA